GCACUGUGUCUAGGCAGGUCCCCUAGGCUGCUAAACAAGGCCAGAAUCAGACCUAGAGCCCCGACGCUCAGCUCCCUCUGACCUCCCCCAGGGACUGCCAGCGGAUCUGUGGCAUGGCGCUUGGCGUCUGGCCAGCAACCUGAUGUGCAUGCCACGGCCCGUCCCUCUCCCCACACAGCGCUGCUGAAACGCAGAGCUUCAGAGAGCCGGCUUGGGGCUGCUGGAGAGGCAGCCUCCUCAGGGUGACAAGGAUCCACACAGCGAAGGACAGCAGCUGGGUUCAGUUUCAGCCCAGAGCGAAUGAGAAGAGAGGACGGCCCUGGCCUGCAAGCGCUUCAGUCUUGAGAACAUCGUCACCCCUGCCGCCAGCCACUGCUGAGCCAUGGCUGAAGGGGAAAUCACAACCUUCACAGCUCUGACGGAGAGGUUUAACCUGCCUCACGGGAACUACAAGAAACCCAAACUCCUCUACUGCAGCAACGGAGGCCACUUCCUGAGGAUCCUCCCAGAUGGCACAGUGGACGGGACAAGGGACAGGAGCGACCAGCACAUUCAGCUGCAACUGAGUGCGGAAAGCGUGGGGGAGGUCUAUAUAAAGAGCACCGAGACUGGCCAAUACUUGGCCAUGGAUGCCGACGGGCUUUUAUACGGCUCACAGACACCUGAUGAAGAAUGCUUGUUCCUGGAGAGGCUGGAAGAAAAUCAUUAUAACACCUACAUAGCCAAGAAACAUGCUGAAAAGAAUUGGUUUGUCGGCCUCAAAAAGAAUGGAAGCUGCAAGCGUGGUCCUCGGACUCACUAUGGCCAGAAAGCAAUCCUGUUCCUCCCCUUGCCUGUCUCCUCUGAUUAGAGAAUCUCUGCCCUGGGUGCUAGGCACUCCAGAGGAGCCUGGAGGGGUCCUUAACUCAUUGACCCCCCCACAAAUGUUCUCUUAACCUUGGCUGUGCUAACUCCCAGCCCACAGAGCCUGAAUUCGUAAGCAGUGCGCUUCUAAGUAUCCAGCCCACUUUUCCUGCAGAGCUCUUUACCCUGGCACAGUUUGGAACGGAGGACCACAUAGCUUCAAGGGGCCAAGUGGCUGGCCAGUCUGGGUGUGGGUGAGGAUGCCAGGUGCAUCCAGCACCUGCUACAGGCUGAGCCUCUGAAUGAAAAGCAGGGCCAGAUGAAGUAUGUUCAGGGGUCUGCCAUACCACCCCCCCUACUGAGUAAACCUUGGCUGACAGCCCCAAAACAUUUGGCAUGACCGCCUUUUCCCUAUCAGUAUCCUCUGAAAUACUAGCAGAGACACUGAUAAUGAAGUUAGAGGGGGCAGGAUUUUUAUGAGAGAAACAGGGACUGAGAAGUCCCUCCUCCAGCAUGGGAGGGAUGUCCAAUGGGAAGGGAAUUGCAUUUUGAUGGAUGACUUAGAAGGGUGGCUUUCAGGGCAGCCUCAGUGAAGGAAUGGGGGAAGGCUACAGGGAAGCAGAAAGAACCUCCAGCCUGGGAGUCCCUGCCAAGCUUACCCAUCAGCAGAAAGCCGGAUAAGGUCAGAGCCCUGCACAGGGCUCUUGAUAAAAGUGACAUCAGAUGUUGAGAAAUUCCUUUGGGUCUGGGGAAUGGGGGUGGGAGUGAUAAGAAAGAAAAGGUACCAAUGGCAGGGGAGAUGCUGUCCCCUUUCUGGGAUGAUUUAAGAAGCAAGGAACAACCCAAGCGCCACGAACAAUCAGGGGCUUUGGAACCCUAACAUGGAGCCUCCCCACCCCAAACUUUAAUAUUAAUACAGAAUAUGCAGGGAUGCAGGGAUCUGGUUUGAAUAUGGAACAUGACUUGGUGAGGCUAGGGUAGAGUGUCUACAUUUCCAACAGGUUUGCUGGUCCUGUAGAUACUGCCUUCCCACCAUCCCCAUCUAGCUUUAGGAUAGAUUCUAAAGAAUUAUGUUCAGAGGCAGGCGGCCCAAAUCCUGACCCUCACCUGCCUCAGUCUCCCCAUAAACACACAUCCAGGCAGUCCCCUAAACAUCCAAGUAACAUCCAUGCUAGUUAACGCUUGUAUUAAUAAGGAACAUGUUUUAAGGUGCUUUGGUCCAAUGCUUCUAAAAGGCCCACUUAGAAAAUAG